UUACAUUUUAAGGCCAGCAGUUUUCACGGCGCAUUUCACCACCACCUCAUAUCCUGAUUUAUUGAUGAAGUAUUUCUCCGUGCUCUUCCUCAGGUGUGUUUUAGCUCGCCGGGGAGACUCGGACUUUUCGGCCGUUACCCCUCACGAGCUCUUAGAAUGAUGUCAUACCUCAAACAGGCCCCGUACGCCGUGAACGGCCUGGGGCUCGGGGGCGCGCCCAUGGAGCUCCUGCACCCUUCCGUUGGGUAUCCGGCUAAUCCCCGGAAGCAGAGGCGGGAGAGGACCACGUUCACGCGCACGCAGCUCGACAUCCUGGAGUCUCUGUUCGCCAAGACGCGUUACCCUGACAUCUUCAUGCGCGAGGAAGUGGCUCUGAAGAUCAACCUGCCGGAGUCCAGAGUACAGGUGUGGUUUAAGAACCGGAGGGCCAAGUGCAGGCAGCAGCAGCAGAGCAGCGGCAGCAGUAACAGUGGAAACAGCGCUAAAAUCCGCCCUGCAAAGAAAAAAGCCUCUCCAUCACGCGAGAGUCCCGGUUCCGAGAGCAGCGGCCAGUUCAGUCCUCCAGCCGUGUCGAGCACCAGCUCAUCCUCAUCAUCUUCCUCGUCAUCCUCUUCAAAUUCAAACCUGGGUGGACUGGGCAUGACCAGCAGCUCCGCCUCUGGGGCCACGCCUGUGUCAUCUAUCUGGAGCCCCGCCCCUAUAUCACCCCUUCCGGCUCCUCCCACCGUCCCAGAUCCCGCACCUCCUACCAGUGCGUCCUGUAUGCAGCGUGCGGUGUCAGGAAGUGGAGGGCCAGCCGGAGUAGCCUCGUACCCCGUGUCCUACAACCAGACGCCCGGUUAUGCCCAGAGUUACCCCAGCACUGCGUCCAGCUCGUAUUUCGGAAGCAUGGACUGUAGCUCCUACCUGGCACCCAUGCACAGCCACCACCCGCAUCACCCUCAGCUCAGCUCCAUGGCGGGUAGCGGGGUGUCUGGACACCACACGCACCCGCAUCACCCUCACCACCUUGGGCAGAGCAACGGGCACCACCACCCUCACCAUCACCCGCAUGCACACACACACCAGGGCUAUGGCGGCGCGCCGCUGCCCUUCACCUCCACAGACUGUGUGGAUUACAAAGACUACAAAGACCAAGCUGCCUCACCAUGGAAACUAAACUUCAGUGCAGACUGUUUGGACUACAAAGACCAGGCGGCUUGGCGCUUUCAGGUCCUGUGAGAAGUUGUUGGUUUUUUUAAAAGCAUUUUUAGUUUCGUUUAGAAAGCCACCACACCAUGAGUAUAGAACAAAAAUCUCAAAACUGUGCUCUAAAGACUUUUUAAGGAGCCAGUUGGGAAUACAAAAACUGGAUGUCAAGGAGGAAAUCUUCUAAAGGAGGACAUAGACUACUCCAGACUGGUGUUGCAGGAUUAAUCCCAUGCCAAAGGUCUUUGGCUAUCAGCUCUGAUGUCUGUCUGCCUUUACGCCUUAAACAAGCGGAUCCUCUGAAGACUUUUCCUGUCUCUAGCCCUCGCCAGUUCGCGAGGGGAAAAAAGAAAUACUGUCAUUUCCUCCUGACACGUAACCUGGUUUGGACGUAAUUGGGUAUUUGAAAGACUAAACAAGAUCCACAAAUCUCCUUGCCUUCCUCAAUCCACUGCAACUCGCUGCACUUGGACUUCUUGUGUGUCUAUGAAGGCAAUAAAUAUCAAAUAAAAUGAUACGAUGCGAUUGUCCUGCAACAGAGAAAACAAAAAUGUGAACCAAACUUGUUUCCUGUGAAAUGUUCAAAAAUGAGCUGAUACUUCUUUUUUUUUUUUUUUUUUUGCAUUACAUUCAUUAAAUAAACUAUGUUUUAAAUCAAAAUGAAUGUUUUCUUUUUUAUUCUAUAGCGACUUAAGAAUAUAUAUAUUUGAUUUAAACGCACGGUGGC